AUGCAUUGGAAAGGCUUGUGGGCUUUACUUGGUUAUCAUGGAGAUGUUGUUGAUGCUUUCAUCCCAUCUAAAAGGUGUAGAAAUGGUAAAAUGUUUGGGUUUGUGAGAUUCACUAAUGAAAAGGAUGCGCAAAGGGUGAUAUUGAGGUUAAAUGGUUUCUUUUUAUUGGGGAAGAGAAUCAGGGUGAAAAUGGCUAGAUAUAAUGGAAAAAGAAAGUUUUGGAGGAAUGCUUCAGAUCAAAAGGAUCGGGAACAGGGUGUAGAAAUAUCUCAAGAAGUAAAGAGUGAAGAAAGGGAAGUUGGUGUCAUUAGCAUGGAAGUUGGUGAGGAUAUCUUCCCAAUCAGAGUAAGGGAAAGGGGACUGUCAGAGUUGAAAGAUGACAGCUUAAACUGUAAGGCUAGGCGAAAGAAUAAUGAAGAAGAUUAA